GGCAGGUAGCGGUGUUCUUGAUUCAACUCAUUCAACACAAUUCACUCAUCUGUGCGAAGUGUGAAUUGAGGUUGAGGGUUUUAAAACAGGUAUGCGUUGUUGCAUCCAGUGUAGUGCGCUUUCUGGUAGAGAAUGAUUUUUUUGAAACUCAGUAGAACAGCUGUCAAAACUGUUGAAAGCAAACUUAUCAAUAGGAAAGAGGUACUCUUAUCUUGUUUACCCUCCUAUCCUUGUUUACCUACGCGACGGCAUAGUGCUGAUCAUCCAGUUAAAUCAAGGAAAAUGACUGAAAGUGAUGUGCUGCUGGCGCUCCAGGAAGUUCGGGACAAUGUUAAAGCUGCUGUAUUGAAGAGACCAGAGGGUAAUGGAGUGACCGAACCACGCUUAGUUGCUGUGAGCAAAACGAAACCCAAGCAGCUUAUCAUUGCUGCUUACAGUGCAGGUCAAAGGCAUUUUGGAGAAAAUUAUGUGCAGGAGUUGGAUGAAAAAAGCCAUGACCCUGAGUUACUUGAAACUUGCCCUGAUAUCUGCUGGCAUCUAAUUGGUCACUUGCAAGGCAACAAAGUUAACAAAGUUACCCAAAUGCCGAAUCUCUUUAUGGUUGAAACUGUAGAUUCUGAAAAACUUGCCUCUGCUCUUAAUACUUCAUAUGAAAAGUAUAGAAAGCAGAAAGAUCAUCGUCUAAAAGUUAUGAUUCAAAUUAACACCAGUGGUGAGAAAGAGAAAAGUGGAUGUUUGCCUGAGGAAGCUGAUAAGCUCUAUACAUUUGUUCAGGAAAAGUGUCCAUCUCUCGAAGUUGUUGGGAUCAUGACAAUUGGACAGUAUGGAUAUGAUGUUUCCAGUGGACCUAACCCUGACUUUUUGCGUCUUGUGAAAUGUAGGAAGGACCUGGCGUCAAAAUUAGGCAUUGAUGAGCAUGAUAUUGAACUUUCGAUGGGUAUGUCCACAGACUAUGAGCAUGCUAUUGAAUUGGGGAGCACAAAUGUACGAGUAGGCUCUUCAAUAUUUGGAGAAAGGGAGAAGAAACACUAGGUACCUAUAUUUGCUUCUAUUACUUUCUCUUCAAAGCGGGCUUCCAUUGUAAUGUGAGUUGAUCUGUCAUAGAAGUAGGUAUUAAGAUUUACGUGUCAACUUUCAUGUUUUUCCUUUGUAAGUAGUGUAUGGGGUAAAGUUACAUGAUUGUAGGGGUCUUUUAGCGGGUUGUAGGUGUAUGAAAGAAUUCUCUUAAGAUAAAUGAGGUUUUGAAUGUUCAUUGAAUGAAUCUCAAUUUAACUCAUUGUCACAUUACUGUUCUCAACACAUAAUUUAUUCAACGGCUAUGCUGUCAAUAAAUUGUGAAGUGUCGAAAAAA